AGUGGAGAAGCGAAGGAAGAUGGACGGUCAGGCCGAUGCGGUGGAGGAGUCCGCUCUAGACACCAGCGGGGACAGCGGUAACGUGUCCCAGAGUACGAGCAGCUUGUCGGUGACGAGCGGGGUCCUUAGCAGCGGGACCGUGUCGCAGAGCCACAGCUUUUUCGUCGGGCCUGAGGAGGAGCGCGUGCUGCAGCUCACAGCCCAGAACUUCGCCUCAUACUUGACUGCGAGUGCUGACGAUGAGAUGUACAAUUUUGAGAAGAGCUUGGAGGAGAUGCUAACUAGAGUGGAUGAGUUUGUUGGAAUGCUCGACAUGAUCCGAAAUGAUACCUCUCAGAUUGUCAGUGAGAAUCUACCUCAAAUUCAAAGAAAAUCUGAAGAAAUGAGACAGAUUUACCGAAAAAUCGAUAAAUUGGAGGCUUUUGUCAAGAUGGUUAGCUCCAAUGUCAGUGCCAUGGAAGAGCAGGUGACUCAAGUAGAGGGUGAACAGGGGACACUUCCUGGAGCCUUCAAAAAGAUCUUGCGUACAAUGGCAGUCCCAGGGUUCUUAAAUAAACCUGCAAGCCCCAGAAGGCCACAGCAUCAAGAACCACCCUCAGUGUUUAGAACAGAAGAUUAUUUCAUGUCAGGCAUGGAGCAGUGGCAAAGUCGAGAGCAAACCUCUUCUCCUUGAAACAGGGAUGAACUACAUCCAUCUGCUGUGGACCAAGGAAGUCCUCUGGUAGAUGGAGCCCUCUCUGUUGCAAAGCUUUAACAAGCAAUUCAGUUGUUUUGGCACUUGCGAGUAAUACAGUAAACUGAUGCGUUUGAACCAAUUAGUGUAUUAAAUACAAGGCUUCAUCUUCCCACUUGGGAAAGCUGGCUUUGUACCGACACUAUUUUGGGGUUUCGAAACAAGUGUUUACCACAAUCCUGUGAAAGGUGCCUAACCAUCUCCUGUCCUGUCAAGGUAUCUGAAGUAAGAACAGUCAGCUGAAAUCAGAGGUGAUUUGGUCAUACGUUCAUCACGUUAUCCAAAUAGUGGCCAAAAAUAUACUUGUAUAAAUGAAUAGGCUAUACUGGGUAUUUGAGUUAAAAAAAAAAAUAAAGAAAUCUGUGGACUUUGGAUUGCAUAUAGAACUUUAACCAAAUUUUAGUAAAACAUGAUUAUUGCCUUAUGUAGAGCUUUUGGAAACAUUUCAUGCAACUAUUUGAAAAAUGCUGUCUUUUUAACAUAUAAUUUUUGCAGGGCACAGUUAAUUUGUAUAUAUAGUAUAUUUGCAGUAUACUUUUGAAACAAGGAUGUGCAGUAUUAGAUUUUUUCCAUUGUAAUUCUUUUAAUUAAGGUAUUUUUUUCAUUGAUUGUUUUCUGAUUUCUGGGGCACAAUCCGUAUUUUCAAAUAAAGAAACCAUAGUUAAGUCAA